AUGGAUUCUCUACAUGUGUCUGCAAAAGAGCUUUCUUGUCCUGUGUGCUGUGAUAUCUUUAAGACUCCUGUUCUUCUGUCAUGUAGUCACAAUGUCUGUAAAGAGUGUCUUCAUCAGUCCUGGAGAACCACAGAUACUCAGGAGUGUCCUGUCUGCAGGAGAAGAUCCUCAAAAUUUGAACCUCCAGUUAAUCUUGCGUUACAAAACCUGUGUGAGUCGUUCCUGAAGGAGAGAAAUGAGAGUUGUUCAUCAGGAUCUGAGGAGAUCUGCAGUUUACACAGUGAGAAACUCAAACUCUUCUGUCUGGAGGACAAACAGCCGGUGUGUGUGGAGUGUGUAACUUCUCAACAACACGACAAACACACAUUCAGACCCAUCAGUGAAGCUGUUCCAUCUGAUAAAGAGGAGCACUAUACACCACUGAAGUCCUUGCAAGAGAAACUUAAACACAAAGAAAGCAUUAAAGGAAAGUUUGAGGAAACAGGACAGCACAUCCAGAACAAAAAUGAUCUGAUAAAGAAAAGCAUCUUAAUUGAAGAUGGAAAUCCUGCUCAAUAUCGUCUGCAAACAAGGACAGACAAUUUGGAUCAAUCUGAACCAUAUAGAAAAAGGACCUUUGGCAAUAGAGACAAAAACAAACCCCAUAAAACCGUUCUGCUGGUGGGAGAAACAGGAACAGGAAAAACAACCCUGAUCAAUACGAUGAUCAACUACAUGUUGGGUGUAAAGAGAGAAGACAAGGUUUGGUUUGAGAUCACAGAUGAUCAGAGCGACCAAACACAAGUUCACAGUCAGACCUCCAGCAUCACUGUUUAUGGGUUUUAUCUACAAGAGAGUCCAAUCCAUUUAACAAUCAUCGACACUCCGGGAUAUGGAAACACUCAUGGAGUUGAGCUUGAUAAAGAGAUCACCAUGAGUUUGCACAGAUUAAGUAAAUCUGCUGAAGGGUUUCAUGAAAUACAUGCAGUGUGUCUGGUGAUUAAAUCAACCCACAAUCGACUCUCUGACAGACAACAAUACAUAUUUGAUGCUGUUCAGUCUUUAUUUGGAAGAGAUAUUGCUGAAAACAUUGUCUUGCUCUUCACACACUCAAGUGGAGCUCCACCUAAAAAUGCCCUGACGGCUGUUAAAGAGGCUAAAAUCAAGUGUGCCGUAAAUGACAAGAAUCAGCCAGUGUUUUUCCUGUUUGACAAUCAGCAGUCAGACAAUGCUGAUGAUGAAGAAUAUGAAAUGAUACAUGAACAAUCAUGGGAUCGCAGUUUUUGUGGAAUGGAACAAUUCUUCGAGUUUCUUAACACAAUAAAACCAAAAUCCUUGGAGAUGACUCUAGAUGUGUUGAAUAAUCGGAAGCAGUUGGAGGCAAAAAUCUCUAAUCUACAAUCACGAGUUCAAAUGAUGGAACUGAAGCAGAAUGAGCUGAAACAAACUCAAGAAGCUGUGGAGCAGAACAAGCAAGAUGUCAAAGAAAACAAGAACUUUGAGUAUGAAGUUGAAGUGCCCUACAAAGAAUGGGUUGAUAUUGAUCCUUCUAAAGCUAAGAUGGCGAUGUGCUGCACCGUCUGUGAGGAGAACUGUCAUUAUCCAGGAUGCUGGUGGACCAGUGAUCUCUCGUGGUGCAGCAUGAUGAAAGUUAAUCACUGUACAGUGUGCACUAAUAAAUGCCACUACACCAAACACAUCAAAUCAGCACAAAUAUAUGUAGCAAAUACAAAGAAGGAGAAGAGGACUUUUAAAGAUUUAAAGAAGAAAUAUGAUGGUAAGAUUAUUUAUGGUGAGUCUUUGGUCAAGAUGCUGGAAGAAGAACUGCAAGAAUUAGAGAAAGAGAAAAUAAAGCUGGUGAUGGAAGCUUUUCACUGUGUGGAAACUCUGCAGAUGAUCGCACUCAAGACUGAUUCACUGUUCAUACUUCAGCACAUUGAUUUUCUGAUUGAGAAGCUGAAGGAAAUUAAUGAGUCUGAAAAGGCCAAAAAACUGGAAAACAUCAAGAAGAGAGCAGGAGAAAAACAAGGAGCAAUUGGAUACAUAACAAGAUUUUAAAAAACAUAAACAAAUUAUAUCUUAGCUACUCAAACCCUUCUGACA